AUAAUUAGCAAAUCAUAUGGCAUUGCUCGUUUACUGGUAUGACUUCAUCUGCUUUGCGAUAGUCGCCGCCGCUAUCGUCACGUCCUUGUGGUUUCUAUUGCGCAGAGAAAGAGGCUUCAUAGGAAUUGAUGAUACGGCCCAAGAUAGCUUGUUACUAGUGUAUAGAUCGGAGAGGCUUGGUUCGGCUCGGUUAUGGACCAGUUGCUGGAGAAGGUUACAUCCCGGCUGGCUUCUCUUCACUCGUUCCACCUCUUUCCUCUCCAUGGCUGCUUUACUGGCUUGGGAUGUCAUCAAGUGGGACGCAAGCAUCUUCGUUUACUACACAGAAUGGACUUUCAUGCUUGUGAUCAUUUACUUUGCGAUGGGUAUUGUAGCUUCAGUAAAUGGUUGCUUGAAAUAUUCUAAAGAGCUAACACUGGAAAUUAGUGAAGAUGCGCUUGUAGAAAAAGUCGAAGUUGAAUUCAGGCAAAGAUUAGGGGCUUAUGGAUAUAUCAUGCAGAUAAUUUUUCAGACAAGUGCAGGGGCUGUUGUACUGACGGACAUUGUGUUUUGGCUAGUCAUAGUUCCUUUCCUCUCAAAUUCUCACUUCGGGUUAAACACAUUGAUGAUUUGCAUGCACACGACAAAUGCAGGCUUCCUCCUGCUUGAAACAGUUCUCAAUAGCCUUCCCUUGCCUUGGUUUCGAAUGGGUUAUUUCGUGCUCUGGAGUAGUCUCUACGUUCUUUUCCAAUGGAUAAUCCACGCAUGUGGCUUCACUUGGUGGCCAUAUCCAUUCCUCGAGCUCGAUAGGCCAUGGGCUCCAAUAUGGUACUUGUGCAUGGCAAUUGUUCACAUCCCUUGCUAUGGAGCUUACGCCGCAAUUGUAAAAGCCAAAAAUUCAUGCUUCCCCUAUCUAUUCCCAAAUGCUUUUGUAAAAUCCUAAUCUACUCAUAAACCCAAACAUUGAAAUAUCUGUAAUUCAAAGAUUUUUGAUUGUGUGAUAUAUCAUA